UCGGAGAGCGUUAGCAGUGGUCGAGACGAGACGAGAGGAGUAGAGCUUGUGAGUUUUAGGUCAGGUUCACACGGCACGAUUUAAGGAUUGACGGCUGAUUUUCCGAACUUCUGUGACCACGGAGCCGAUAAAAGUCCAACAGACCUAUUGCCUUCCAGGCUGUGUUCACUAAACGGUUAAAGAGCUAAGGGGGUCGGUACAGCGGAGCCUCCGCAUGACAUCACCGCUGGACAAAGCAGCAAGGAGUGGUUUCAUCCAAGAGAAGCCCCCAAAUCAAUGAAACAACCCAACAGGUAAAAAUCCCUGUAAUUUUAUCUGCCGUCUGAAUCAAAGUGCGUGGGCUGCGUUUCUAGCGGUGCUUUGUUGUGAAAGGAAAGAACUGCUCUGGAAAAUAACAUCGUUUGGGCAGAAGAGAGAGCCAGCACCGCUGGACGGUCGUGCUGUGUCUGAAGACGUGAGCCCGCUGUUUGAAUCCAUCCUGAAGCACCAUGCUAGGCCUCCUGCUGCUUGCAAUGCUGGCUGUCCACGCACUGGCUAAGCUGGAAUUGCAAGUCCCAGACCUACCAGUGGUGGCGUUGCAUGGCAAAGAUGUCGCCCUCAACUGCUCCUUCAGCCACACAAGUCCCUUCAAUCUAUCCGACGUGACUGUGUUCUGGCAGCUGACUGACACCAAGCGCAGCGUCCAUGGGUUCUCCAUGGGGCAGGACCAGCUGACGGAGCAGGCAGAGAGCUAUGCCAACCGAACCAGCCUCUUCCCUUCCCAGCUGACCAUGGGCAACGCUUCACUCCUACUACAAAGGGUGGCGGUUGCUGACGAAGCUCCUUACACAAAGCCUGAGGUCACGUUGGAGCCUGAAUCCAACCUGCGGCCUGGGGACGAGGUGGCCCUGACCUGUGUGGCCUAUGGCGGGUAUCCUAAGGCUGAUGUCAUAUGGCAGGAUGGGAGCGGACGCAACCUGACAGACAAUAUCACAACUUCAGUGGUGGCCAAUGAACAAGGGCUGUUCACCAUGACUAGUGUGCUAACCGCCGUGCUGGAGCCCAACAGCUCCUUCAGCUGCAGACUGAUCAACCCUCUGCUUAGUGAAGAACGCUCAAUCUUUGUCACAGUCACAGGUCAGAACAUUGCUUUCCCUCCGGUGGCUCUGUGGGUUACUGUAGGCCUGGCCGUGUGUCUGCUGGGCCUGCUCAUCGCUCUGGCUGCCGUCUGCCGAAGGAAGAUCAAGGAAAGCUGUGAGGAGGCCAGAAGAGAAGCCGAAGAGGCCAAGGAGCUGGAAGAAGAGGACUCAAAGACAGCGAUGACGCCACUGAAGAGCUAAGAACAACAGAGGGAAGAAGUCGAGGCCAGACAGUCGGGGUGGGAGAAGGAGGAGAUGAGUCUGGCGGGUAAUCCCAGUCCACCUAUCCAUCAACCUAGAGACUGUUUCCAGCAUCCCCUGCAGAAUGUCAAAGCCUCGCUGAGCAGAAGAUGAGUCCAUCAUCUCCUUUCUUAGACUUUCCCUCGAGUUCCCAUCCAAACACAUAAACACAUCAUGUGCCAUUAGUUUCUAUUGCCUUCCUUUCAUUCUCUCGACGGAGACACGCAACGGCGGGUAAACGCAGUUGAAUGAGUCGUGUUGUCUGCGACACGAGGAGCGGCGGGCGCUUUUGAAAACGACAGGAUGUGACAGGAUCCUUUGUCUGUCACUGACAUCACUCUGCAUGCGUUGCGAUGGGGCGUGUGCCAGAGAUCUGCUGUCUAAUAGGAAGUGAGACACUUAAAGAGAUGACCCUGCUUCAGUUGCCAGAGAGAGAGAGAGCAAGAGAGCGAGCGAGCCCGGCUCUCCUAUUACUCCGCGACUUGCUAAUUAGUGUCUGUCGCUGGAGUAACUUGUACCUGUCAGUGUGCGCCGCUCUCCUAUAUUCAGUAAGUCGAGGCAAUUGAAAGUGAACGCCAGCGAAGCUCCAACAAACUGCAAAUGGCGGAUGUGAAACACUCUGAUCCCUCUCCCUGACCUGACAGCUUUUACAUGUAAGAAAUUGUUUUUAAUGAAGAAAGACAAUCUCGGCUAGUUUCUACAGCUGACGUAGAAUGUUUUAUCUCCUCCAGCCUGCGGGGGGGGGGUGGACAUUUUGUUUUACUGCAUCCUUUUGAACUACUUAAGCGAGUCCAAGUGCCAUAAUGUAUGAAUACCAAAAUCAUUUGUUUGAAAUAAAAAAAUAACAAUAAAUUAAAUAAAAAAAAACCCAGUGCCUAUUUACAUUAAAGAGACAUGGUGAAACUGUCGGCUCAUUGGUAGGUAUUGGUUUUGUUCUUGGGUGGGGACACUCUGUCUUCAUUCAGGCGGAACGAGGUCGAGUUUAUUACAAACGUUUCUUCCCUUCUACCGCAGGAUUAGCCAGGCUGUUCAAAUUCACCCUUCCACAUUCCAUUAGGUGAUUUAUCCGCCAACUACACUCCAUAAUGAGCAAAGCGUGAAUUACGGUCAAAGUAAUACAAAUAUUUCAUUUACAUGCAGAUCAACUCUGACAUGCUGAAUUGUUCCCAGUUAGACGCAGUCCUAUUUUAGGGCUAAUCUCUCUCUGUUUGCAGAUGCUCAGUCAUUGCAAACAUUUUACUCGUUUUGAAUAAUGGAUUUUCUCUGCGAAUGUUUGUUGCUGUCAUAUGCUGAAUAGCUACCUUGCAUGAAGUCUGAUUUCAGUAAACCAUUACUGAAAUACCUCUCAGCCUCUACACACACACACCCAUUCACACAUAGCACGUCUUCCUAUCUUCACAAGGACUUUACAUUGACUUCCAGUCAUUUUUCAUUCAUUUCUAUAGCCUUAUACUGACCUUAACCAUAAACUUACCCAAUACCAGAACAUGCAUAAGCCUAAACAUGAACUCAACUCACACAAACAGUAGUUCUUCCUAUAGGGCCCAGGAUUUGGCCCCCAUAAGCAGGAGUGGAUCCUCAUAAUGUAGCAUUUCUUGAAGAUAGGGGCCUUGCAAGGUGAGGAAUGCCAAAACACACACACGCCCACAAAACACUCACUGUCCUCGGUUUAAGCUGUGUGAGAGUGUUGAUCAAACCCCAGGUUGUGCCCAAACAUCCACAUCUCUCUGUACAGUCGUCCUUGACCUUGGUCUGCGUCCUCACGCCCCAGACGCCUGCGUGAAAUUAAAUUACAGAUUAGUGGCUCCAGGCCCAAAGAGGGCUUUAUUUGGUUGGCUCUUCUCAGAGAAGCGCUCAUUUUCUCAUUCAGGAAUUGGGAAGGGGUGAAAUGCAGUGGGAAUUAAGGAAGAAAGUGCCAGUCUCGGAAGAUAUUUUUGUAUUCUGCGAGCAAGUGAUGCCCAAAUACUGAAAUCUCUGCAAAGACUUCUAAAUCUCAUAGGAAGAGGGGACAGAUGCCCAGUGGAAAUAGGUUUUUCAGUUGUAUAAACUGGUGCUUGGAAGCAAAAAUAACACUUGUCUGUAUUUGUAUAGAGAUAUUUUUUCUCCCUCGUCAAGAAGGACAAGACUGAAAAGAAGAAUAGUUUUGUUUUGUUUUUUCCCAGCCUCUGGAUGUGCAGUCUGGAAAUUAAAAAAAUCAUUCUUGUGAGACAAAAGAAGAAAACGACAGGCUCUCUUUAAUUUAGAAGUCUGUCAAGCUUUUCACAAUCCCUAAUUCCAAAUUGCGUUCACCUUGCAUAGCAUUCAAAUACAAGUGACCCACUCAGUUGGCAGUGAAAAAGGGUCUGGUGGUUGCUACUGCGUCACAAACAGUGACUUAGGCUUUAGAUUUUCUUUCCUAAAAAAGUGUAUUUUCUUAAAAAAAAAAAAAAAAAAAAGACAAACAAAAAACUUCCAGAAACAAAAUGUAAGAGUUUUAAUAACCGUUUACCUUUCAUUGUGUUCAAGCUUGUGGCUCGCAAAAUUUAGAUUUAUUUUCAUGUCAAGAAUCAAGAACAAUGUGGGCGUGCUGUGGUGGCGUAGAGGAUAGCGCAACCCACGUUUGGAGGCCUUGAGUCCUCGACGCAGCCGCCGCGGGUUCGAUUCCCGGACCUGACUGACAUUUGCCGCAUGUCUUUCCCCCUUUCCUGUCCGUCUACAGUCAUAUAAGGGACUCUAGAGCCCACAAAAAGACCCCCUGGUGGAAAAAAAAAAGAAUCAAGGACAAUGUGGACAAAUCAUACAUAAAAAAAGUUGCAGCUCAAGAAGCAGCCAAAAACAAUAAUGCCAGUUUGUUUGAGGCACCCAUGGUGUCAGGUUUGUUUUUUGUUGUUCAAAACACUAAAAAUCUGACAUCAUUUAAAUGUUGAAACGUUUGUCCCAGUUUUGUUCUUCUCUGAUGUUCACUAGCAUAUCCCAACACUUUUAUUUUCUUUUGUUAUGACCUGUCCAGGGGUGGCCAGACUCUAACAUUUAUGCAGAUCCCACUUUUUUUUGCACAUAAUCAGCCUUAUAAGUCUGAAACUAAACUACAGUAUAUGAGCUUUUGAGGACAACUCCACAACUUUAUUCACAGAAUAACAACAUCACCAGUUCGUGAUGUUGUUUAAACUGACUUUUUUUGUUGGUGUCAAAACUGGUUUUAUGAAUUAUAUGAACAGUGAAAAGUUUACAGUCACACAAUUUAUUUUUCCAAAUGUUUUCCUUUUUUUUUUAUAUAUACAUAUAUUUAUAAUUUACCACAAUCUGCCUCACACUGCAGUCCAAAGACACAGGAUAUCAAUCAUAGCACACGCACUGCCAUGCUGCAUUUAACUUGAUCCAAACAGAAGCCCUCAUUAAAGUUGUCGGUCAAAUUAGGACAGCUUUGCUCUUCAAAUUUUAGUAUGGGAUGAUGCCCUGAUGAAAUUUGUUUUUUUCACUUGAACUUUAUUUAGUGCACACUCAACAAUGUGACAGCCUUUUACUGCUUCAUAAACAAUAUCUGAUCAAACGGGAGGAGACAAAUGCCAAGUUCUUCUCCGUGCGGAUUUGCACCUGGCCUGCAUUCAGCUCGCAAUGGACCACCUGAGGUCAGUGGCUUUCUGGCCAGCUAGUCUGGAAAAAGAGAUUUGUUUGUUCCAGUUUAAUAAAAAGACUGAUCCACAUCAGAGACAGCGAGCGAAUGCAAUUAAGCACAUGGUAGUAAAGAAAACCAGCCAGAUUCAGGGGCUGUGCAAGUGGUUAACAAGAGGAAAUGCAGAGCUACUCCAUCACAACUUAUCAAGAUGCAUGUAAAUAAAGAGCUGUGGCUGCUGUAGCUGGUGGGUCAGCUACUUGGAGAAUAGGUGCAGCAAACACAAUCGGCUCAGCUUUCUAUAUGUAUUGUUAUUUUGUUUUGAAAAAGGAAAAUCUGUAUUUUUUCUGUCAGAGGUUUAUGACUUUGUUCUUAAUGCUGUGUAGACAAAAAGACCAAGGAGUGGGAGUGGAUUUGCACGAAAUGCAUUUUUUCAAGCCAAUAUUACUCAUCCAAAUCUCUGCUGCAACGCUAACAAUAAGCUCUUAAUUGAAGUGCUCACCAAAGCUUUUCUUUUCAAUAUUUUAGAUAAAAAUCCCCAAAUGGGCGAACCUUCUGAGAAUAAUUUGUAGUUCCGGUCCACACAAAAGUCUACGAACAGGUGAAUACGCGGAUACCGAACCGCAAAUAGGGUGGGAUCCACUGUUGGUGGGUUUCGCAGCACGUUUUGGCCGGACCAAUCGUCUGUCACCUGGAGAGAAAAAAAUCAUCGGAGUUACGGUGCGGUUAUAUGCACACAAAAGUCAAUACAAUACUGUUGUGAUUAAGAGAGAGAACAUUCACGCCAGACAUUGAACUGCUGACAAUAUCUCUCUGUUUUAUUCGCCUCACAAAUUCCAGCAGCUGUUCCACACAGUGGUCUACAUGCACCUCAGAGCCAAUGGGAGAGCAGCUGCUCGUCUGAUUGCUUUUGUCAUUCAUAGACUGGACUUGAUUUCCUCAGAGGCUCCCAAAAUUGUCCAUUGAAAUCUCGGCAGCUGUAUUUUAAGAACAAAUGUCACAGGAGCCACAACUCUAGAAGACACUGUCGCCGAUGAUGCAUACAGAUCACUACCAAUACCUCUGCUUUGUGCUUGUACAGGUUUGUACACAGCUAUGACAACACACAAAUCUGCCGUGGGACGCGGGACAAGUGAAA